AUGGAGGGAUGCCCGGGGAAGGGCGAAGUCACCCGUGGCAAGGGGGGUCGGCAGCUUUUCGCAGAAGAAAGUCUCUACGAAUGUUCCCACUGCAAGAAACGCUUCCAGGACAGGUCGGAGCUCAUUUGCCAUCAGAGGUUGCACAGAGGAGGAAAGACAUUUAAAUGCCAAGAGUGCGGGAAGGAGUUUGGGAAGAGCUCAGACCUUAGUUCCCACCAGAAAAGCCACAUGGCGGAAAAGCCCUACCAGUGCUCGACGUGCGAGAAGUUCUUCAAGGACAGGUCCCCCCUCAUCAGGCACGAGCGAGUGCACACGGGGGAGAAGCCCUACGAGUGCCUGGAGUGCGGGAAGAGGUUCACCCGCAGCUCGGACAUCAUCGUCCACCAGCGGAUUCACACGGGGGAGAAGCCCUUCGAGUGCUCCGAGUGCGGGAAGAGGUUCAGCCAACGGUCCAACCUCUUCACCCACCAGAUCGUACACACGGGGGAGAAACCCUUCGCUUGCCACGAGUGCGGGAAGACCUUCGCCCGGAGAUCGGAGCUCACCAUCCACCAGCGAACGCACACCGAGGAGAAGCCCUACCAGUGCUCCCAGUGUGAAAAGUCCUUCCGGGGGAGGUACGGGCUCUUCAGGCACGAGCGGUUGCACACGGGGGAGAAGCCCUACGAGUGCUCCGAGUGCGGGAAGAGCUUCGGCCAGAGCGGGGACCUUAUCACCCACCAACGCUUCCACACAGGGGAGAAGCCCUACCACUGCUCCGAGUGCGGGAAGUUCUUCUGCAAUAAAUCCAGCCUCGUUAAACACCAGAAAUGGCAUUCGGGGGAGAAGCCCUACAAGUGCCACGAGUGCGGGAAGAGCUUCGGGCAGAGCUCGGACCUCAUCGCCCACCAGCGGACCCACACCGGGGAGAAGCCCUACCCCUGCCCGGUCUGCGGGAAGAGCUUCAUCAGGAGAUCGCACCUCAAGUCCGGGCAGAGCGGGAAGCUCGCUCCGCACCAGGAAUCGCACGCCAGGGAGAAGGUCUACAAGUGCCCCAGGUGCGAGAAACGGUUCCAAGCCCGGUCGAGCCUCAUCAGGCACGAGACGCUGCACACGGGGGAGAAGCCCUACGAGUGUCACGAGUGCGAGAAGAGCUUCACCCGCAAAUCGGACCUUACGGUCCAUCAGAGAAUCCACACCGGGGAGAAACCCUUCGCUUGCUCCGAGUGCGGGAAGAGCUUCAACCAUCGGUCGAACCUUUUUACCCAUCGGAGGAGGCACGCGGGCGAGAAGCCUUUCCCGUGCCAAGAGUGCGGGAAGAACUUUGGCCACAGGGCAGACCUGGUCGUCCACCAAAGGACCCACACCGGCGAAAAGCCCUACCGCUGCUCCGAGUGUGGGAAAUGCUUCAAGGGCCGCUCCACGCUCGCGAGACACGAGAGGCUGCACACGGGGGAGAGACCGUUUCAGUGUUCCGAGUGCGGGAAGAGCUUCGGGCUGAGCAGGGACCUCGUUGCCCACCAGCGUUUCCAUACGGGGGAAAAACCCUACAGGUGCCCCGAGUGCGGGAAGGUCUUCGGCAACAGCUCCAGCCUCGUCAGGCAUCAGCGGCAGCACGCCGGGGAGAAGCCCUACAAGUGCCACGAGUGCGGGAAGAGCUUCGGGCAGAGCUCGGACCUCAUCGCCCACCAGCGGACCCACACCGGGGAGAAGCCCUACCCCUGCCCGGCGUGCGGGAAGCGGUUCGGUAGGGAAUCCAACCUUGCGGUGCACCAGCGAGUGCACGGAGCGGAUGGACUCUGCAGAUGCAGGCAGGGUGGGAAAAGCUUCCGGGAGAACUCGGCUCUUUCAAUCCAUCACGACGUCUUGACGGAGGAGGACGCUGCCCCGUGCUCAGCCCCGCCGAGCAUCAGCAGUGACGCGGAGAAGAAAAAGGAUUAA